UUGGUCACAUGACGUAGUUACGGUCAAGUGAUUGUUUACUAUAAACACGUGUGUGUGUGUUUACAUCAAGCACAUGGUGUGUGUUUAUGUUCUAUUUGAUUGGAUGGCAUAUACCCGCAAUGCGGUUUUUACGGGUAUAUGCGCUCAUGAGAUUCGUGAAAAGCAUGAUUAAGUAUUACUUAAGGGGUUCGUUUGAGAAAAUAAAGUUAUUCGAAGUUUGCCUAUAGUUAACGUAGCAGCAGUUCGUUAUUGUGGUAUGUCUGACUCCGAGAAACUUCUAGAUUCUGACCAUGAAUCUUUGCCUGGUCCUAGUGUACAUUCGUUGCCUGAUGGUAGUUCUGCACAUCAUACUGGUAAUAACGACUUGGUGGAUACAUUCUCGCUGUUUAAAACCUAUCUUGACGGGAAGAUCGCUACUCUUCACAAAGACUUGGCCGUUGGCAAUGAGAACUUCGCUACCAAACUCAAGCAAGAAGUGUCAGUUAAACUUAAAGGUGAGGAUAACCAGAUACAGUUCAAUUUCAAUUGUGAAAUUAUGGCCGACCUUGUUAAGCUUCAGAAGCGUAUUCCUGAUGAAGAUGCAGCAUGUCUUAAAUUGGUAUCUGGUGCUAUCCUCAAAGUUAAGAAGCGUAAUAAACUCAUCCGCAUUGCAGACAAAUCUCCCGCAGGCUGGAAAACCGUCCGCGAAUAUGAGAGUGACGACCUUGCCUCCGACUCAGAAGAUAAGAAACGCAUUCGUUCUGCAGAAAGCCGUGCCAUUAGGAGUAUCAAGGAAAAGAAAAUACCUCAUCCUUAUAGAACCGUUACAGCUACUGUUUCUGCUCCUCCUGCUCCAAUGCCCAAUCAACACAAUGUUCGACAAAACAAUUAUCAACAGCCGCCCUUUCGGACCAGCAGACGGAGGGAACCCUCAUCUCAUGACAUCUGUUACAACUGCAACCAGCUUGGUCACUGGCGAACUCAGUGCCCCCUUUUCAGUACAAAACCAGCUGUCCCAGGGACAUCAAGGCAACAGAGUUAAUGAUAAGUAUUUUGAUACUACUUUUUUAGAUGAAAGCAAUCUUUACGGACAGUUUGAACUGUUUCUGUCACAUGCUAAAUAUUUUGAUAAUAUUGAUAUUUCAUCUGUUGCAAAAGGGGUAAAAUAUAGUUUACGCAAGCAUAUACAAUUCUGGAAACAUAUAGGUGCAAAUGAAUUUGUUAUCAAUACUAUCCAACAUGGUUACGUUAUUCCAUUUUUGCAGACUCCUACAUCUAUGUCAUUUAAGAAUAACAAAUCUGCAAAUGUCCAUUCUAAAUUUGUAAAUGAAGCAAUUUCAGAAUUACUGAAUAUCGGAUGUGUUAUUGAAACUCCAUUUCAACCGUUUGUUGUAAAUCCGCUAAGUGUUGCAGUUCAAAGUUCGGGCAAAAAACGUCUGAUUUUAGAUUUAAGUGAACUGAAUGUUUUUAUUAAAAAAGAAAGAAUAAAAUUUGAGGACUGGAAAGUGGCUUUAAAUUAUUUCACAAAAGAUUGCUAUCAAUUUAAAUUUGAUCUUAAGUCUGGAUAUUUUCAUUAUGACGUAUGUACUAAACAACAAACAUAUUUAGGAUUUUGC